AUGAUGAAGUUAAGGAUAAAAAUUAAUAAUUCUGAAAUUCAAGUAGAUUUUGUUUAUAUUCUCUCCAAAAAAGUAAUGAAAUUUGUAAAAAUCAUGAGGUCAAUUUAAGAUGAAAUAAUUUAGUUUGAUUUUAAAUAAACCCUUCUUAUUUAUAACACCCAUCGAUUACUCUUCUUAAAAAGGGAGGAAACAAAUUAAGAUAUUUCGCAUGGAUCUAAAGAUAUAUUUGGUAUUACUAAUAUACAUAAUUGUUAUACUAAAAUUCUCAAUAAUUGUACCGAUGUUGUUAAAAGCAAAUGGAUUUUCAAAUACAAAUAUAAAUGA